ACAGAAAAAGUAAAUACUUAUUUGAGGUUAGGUUAAUGUGUCAAGCAGGGAUGUGAAGGUCAUGGUCUCUCUCUCUCUCUUUUGUCCUUUAAAAAGAUUCCAAUGUCACUGGAUCUUUGGAAUAUUCUUUCGAUAAAGAUAAAUUUUAGUGAAAACUUAAUUGCCCACAAAAAAAUGUUGUUUAAAAGGAAGAAGAAAAUUAAGAUUCUAUUUGUUAUGAUAAAUUAGGAUGUUUCGAUAUGAAUUAUCCUUGGUUUACAUUACUUAGACCAUUUCCAUCACCAAUGUCACCGGAGAGAGUUGGAACAACUGUUUAUUUUGCCAAUAGAAAAAAUCGAGAAAAAAUAAAAAUUCAAACGUGGCCUCACAUUAAAGUUGCUUCUUAUUAUAAAGCAAAGAGACCAACAGUAAUUUUAACACACGGACUCAGCAGUGACGCAAAUACAGAAUGGAUGAAAAAUCUUACCGAUUCUUUUUUAUACAAGAAUGAUUAUAAUAUUUUUCUAAUUAAUUGGGAAGAGGGUGCUUCUUAUUUGUAUUGUCAAGCAGCUUCAAACACAAGGAUUGUUGCUGCUGAAAUUGUGAGAUUAAUUCGUCAUUUAGAAUCACAUUAUUUUAUCGAUUUGUCAAAAUUCCAUCUAAUGGGUCAUAGUUUAGGUGCCCAUAUUAUGUCCUACGUUGGAAAACAAAUUAAAGGAAUUGGUCGACUUACAGCUUUAGAUCCAGCACAACCUGGUUUUCAGGGAAAAAAUGCUUUAGUGAGAUUAGAUAAUGCUGAUGCAAAAUUUGUCGAUGUUAUUCAUACUGAUGGAAAACCAUUUUGUCCAUUUUUGGGCCUUGGAAUGGAAGUCAGCGUUGGAAGUGUUGAUUUUUUCGUUAAUGGAGGAUUAGCACAACCUGGUUGUAUAUUUGAUGGAAAAAUUUACAAUAUUACAUCAAUAAAAGAUAUUGUAAACAUUACCAUGGACGUUAUUUACAAUUUAGCCACAUGUAGUCAUUCGCGAGCUGCUCGUUAUAUGGCUGUGGCAAUUCGGGACGAAUGCAAAAUGUGGGGAUAUCGUUAUAAUGCGACAUAUUCAAAUCAUCGUUACGAGAAUUUUAUUUUAAAAGAAUCAUGUACGCCAGAUCAUUGCAAUCUUAUGGGCCUUGAUACUCAUAAAUAUCGAGCUCGAGGAAAUUUUGCAGUAAAAACAACUGGAAAUUAUCCCUUCUGUGUCCAAGAUGACAAAGCGACGAAACUAAUGGACAAACCAAAAUGGUCUCCAUGGGAUAUAAUUUGGGGCAAGUGAAAGAAAUUGUGAAUUAAAUUUUUUAAAUUAUUAAAAAAAAAAAAAAAAAAAAAUUAAAUUAAUUUAAAAAUCUUAGGAGACAAUACGAUAUAUUUCAUAAACAUGAAAAUUGUAAAAGCACGAUUUAAAUACAUUAAAUGUAUAAAUAUAACUAGAUUUAUGAGUGA